AUGGCCGGUCGAGCAGCGACGUUUCCGCCUGCUUCGCCGCCGCCAGGCGAGCAGUUCGCGGAGGUGGUGGUGGUGCGACACGGCGAGACGUCGUGGAACGCCUCCCGCACCAUCCAGGGGCAGAUGGAUCCGGAGCUGAACGAGACCGGCAGACGACAGGCUCUCGUGGUUGCCCGUCGGCUGUCGAGGGAAGCCAAGCCAGCUGCCGUCUACUCCUCCGACCUCAAGCGCGCCGCCGAGACCGCGCAAACCAUAGCCACAGCCUGCGGCGUAUCCUCUCUGGUGCUGGAUCCAGCGCUGAGGGAGAGGCACAUGGGGGAUCUCCACGGCGUGGUAUUCGACGACGCCGUCAGAAGGAGCCCUGAGAUCUUCUCUUCUUACUCGAGGACCCAUGAAAUCCCCGGUGGUGGGGAGAGCCUCGAUCAGCUAUCCAAGAGGUGUGUCUCGUACCUGAACACGGUAGCUGAGAAGCACAAGGGGGAGCGGGUGAUCGUGGUCACCCAUGGCGCCAGCACGGAGGAGCUGUGCAUACACGCCGACCCGACCAGCCCGGUGCGCGGGAAGCUCUACAACACUUCGAUCUGCGUCUUCCGUAUCGGCGGCGGCGAAUGGAUCCUCGAGAAGGCCGGCGACGUCGGCCAUCUCGAUCAAGGUGAAUUCCUUGAGGACGCAUUUGGCGGCGAUGGUGUAUCUGCGUGA